CGCCGACCGUUACAUCACCUGGGGUUCCAUCUUGACCAACAAUAAGCCAGCUCCAUCGCUGGCUGGCUGCCUCCACAAUAUCCAACUCAGAGAGCACAUCGAGUUCCUCUAAUAGCUCAACUGCUUCCGAUGUAGUCCUGGCCAAUAAUGUUAGUUCCUAUGUACAGGCUCCUGCUCCCCGGACCAGCCACACUAUUGCUUUCCCUUCGAGGACUUCGGACAAUGAUAUUUCAACAAUGUACAAGCUUGAGAUGGAGAACCGCAAAGCGAACUGCGUUUACCUUAGGGACAAUUACGCCGAUGAGUUUAUGGAAAGAAGUGACAAAAGGCGCAAGGAGUUAGCAUGCCAUCGCGAACUGGUCGAAUUGCAAGUUGAAAAGACGUAGAAGACGUGCCGUGACUAUGAGCAAAGCCUACGCUCGAGGUUGUUCCAGUUUCGUACUGCUCACACACCGUCUUGGUUGUCGAGCCAAUCCAGUACGAAGACGAAAUCAAAGAAGAGAAGGAGCCUAAGUUUAUUCCGUUCACCGACGAGCAUAUGACCCAAUUAAACAAUUUGAUUAAUGGUAAUCCUCAUCAGGUGGUCAGUUCCAAGUUUAAUCUGCAAACCUGCAGCAGCUGGCUUAACGAUGAGGUCAUCAACUUCUAUAUGAACCUUCUGACCGAGCGCUCAGAGAAACGCUCUGGCGAGCUGCCCAGCGUAUACCAGCGUAUGAAUACAUUCUUUGUGCCGCGCCUGCUGCAGAACGGACACGCCGGUGUGAAGCGCUGGACGCGCAAAGUAGAUAUAUUCAGCAAGGACAUUAUACCGGUGCCAGUGCACUGCAAGACUAUUCGCUACUGCGACUCGAUGGGAAAGCCCAACCAGGACGUGCUGGACGCACUGGAGUCGUACCUGCAACAGGAGUCACUUGACAAACGUAAGCAGCCCUUCGAUACAAGUGACUUCAAGAUCGAGAGCGUGCCGAAUGUGCCGCAACAGACCAAUGGCAGCGACUGCGGCGUCUUCAGCUGCAUGUUCGCCGAGUACAUAUCGCCCGACGCACCGAUAACCUUCUCCCAGGAGAACAUGGACUACUUCCGCAAGAAGAUGAUUCUCGAGAUUUCCGACGGCAAGCUGUGGAACUAAACGCCACCAUACACCGGGAACCUAAUUUAAGUUUAAACACAAACACACAAACUAAAACAAAGGCCAGAGAAGUAAUAUUUA